AUGGAACAUUCAUUUACACACUGGAUACACUUUUACAAUACUGGAAGGCAUGAACACCCACGAGGCAUUACGGCAGAGGAGACAGCCAUAGGUCUUCAUGCCAAUGACAAAGAAACUCCCUCAGGGCCUGACAGGUUACAGGAUAACACUGAGGGAUGCAGUGACUGGUUAAUGAGGGUUAAGGGGACCCCAGCUGGGACACUUGAGGGGCACACAUACGGGAGUGCCCAGAACAGUGCCCUCUGCUCGCUGGUUCUCAGGGACCAGGAGCAGGGCAAGGGUCCUCCCCAGGCUGAGCUGGGUGGGUGA